UACCUGAAACCCUUGAAAGACUUUACGUCGAUGUGCUGCUUCUUCCUUUUGGCCCAUGGAGGCCCAAACAUCUGAAUAAACAACAUCAGCUCCUUUAACAGCUUCCUUUGGGUCAUUAGUUAUUUCAAUUUUGCCAACUCCCGCUUGUUGUGCGACUUCAACCGUCUUCUGAUCAGGCUCAAACCCUUUUGGGCAAGCACAAACAAAGUGGAAAGGAAUCACAGAAGCUAACAAUAGCCAAGAGUGCACAAUGUUGUUUCCAUCUCCAACGUAGACAACCUUUGUCCCUUCAAGAUGUCCAACAUGUUCAAUUAUUGUAAGUGCGUCGGCCAUUAUUUGACAAGGAUGGUUAUAGUCUGUCAGGCCAUUGACCACAGUAUACUAGAGAAGAUGGGUUCUCUCACGCCAGGUUGGGAUUCACUGGUUUCUGAUCCUAAAGCAGUGAUGUACAAGAGAAACAAGUCAUUAACAAAGGAGGAAAUAAAUUCUUAUUGGAGAUCAAAGAAAGAGCAGAAGGAGAAGGAAUUGGAGAAGGAAGAGGAUCACUACCACCCAAGCUCAAGCUCAUCAGGGCAACUACUCAAUGAUUUCCAGGAGGGUAUUGUUGUUGACCCAGCAGAUAGUCAAAUCAGUCUGGAUAAAUUGAUCCAGACACAUGGCUGGUGGAUAAAGAGCAAUUGGGCACAUCUAAACGAGGCACCACCACCUGAGGAGGAGGCGGUUCACCGGUAUGUUUCUCAGUUUCAUGUGCCGAACAAGGCUUCUGCUGCUACCUCCGACGGCAGCUCAUCAAAUCAUCAUCUUCAUGCCUGAAUCAGCUCGUGAAUGGUGCCGGCUUGUACGUCAUGCCCUGGCCACCACGUAUUGGAUGCUUGUUUUUUUGCAGUCACACUUCUUAAUAUUUAUGUAAUGCUGCUA